AUGGCAAAGUUGGAAUUACAACAAAAUUUAAUUGGCCAUAAAGGUAUAGUUUGGAAUGUAUCUUGGCAUCCUCUUGGUAACAUGUUUUCGUCUUGUGGAGAAGAUAAAAUUAUUAAACUAUGGAGUAAAGAAGGAGAUAAAUGGGUUACAAAAACUGUAUUAGUGGAUGGCCACCAACGCACUAUAAGAGAAGUUGCCUGGUCUCCGUGUGGAAAUUUCUUAGCCUCAGCAAGUUUUGAUGGAACAACAGCUAUUUGGGACAAAAAGAGUGGUCAAUUUGAAUGCAAUGCAACCCUCGAGGGACAUGAGAAUGAAGUCAAGAGUGUUUCUUGGUCUCCAUCAGGAAAUUUAUUAGCUACUUGUGGAAGAGACAAAUCGGUUUGGGUUUGGGAAGUGGCUGGUGAUGAUGAAUAUGUCUGCGAGGCAGUGCUGAACUCACAUAACCAAGAUGUUAAAAAAGUUGUAUGGCAUCCAACCUCAGACAUUCUGGCUUCUUCUUCAUAUGAUAAUACUGUGAAGGUAUACAAAGAGGAUCAGUUAGAUAGUGAUUGGACCUGCAUAGCGACUUUGCAUUCACAUGAUUCUACAGUUUGGAGUUUGGCUUUCGAUAAGACUGGUAAAAGAUUAGCCACAUGCAGUGAUGAUAAGACUGUGAAAAUCUGGCAAAGUUAUGGUCCUGACAACCAAGAGGGUGUAAUAGUUGAUGGUGAAGAUGCAACAUGGAAGUGUGUGUGUACGUUAUCAGGUUACCACACUAGAUGCAUAUAUGACAUAUCUUGGUGUCAUACAACUGGAUUACUCGCUACUGCAUGUGGCGAUGACAUUUUGAGAAUAUUCAAAGAAGCAGACGAUUCUGAUCCAAAUGCACCAUCUUUUGAUCUUAUUUGCACAAAACUUAAUGCCCACUCUCAAGAUGUUAAUUGUGUGCAGUGGAAUCCUUCCGGCAAUGGUGAACUGUUGUCAUGUAGUGACGACGGUGAAAUAAGAAUAUGGAAAUUUAUCAUGGAAUAG